UGUACGCGUGAAUUGCAGACCAAGCACCCUGCGAAGCCCACAGAAAGGUUAGCGCAUACCUUCACACACUGUUACUGGGUGCCAUCGCGGUUCAAUUCCGGUUUGCCGAGCCUUUUCACCCCCUUUGCUCUGUCUUCAAAUGGAAAUGAUUCCUAUUGGCCCAAGGUGUCCGUGUAAAUAGGUGUAAAUGAAACCAGAUUAUGCCUCUCUCCCACCCACCCCUCCUCCUCCUCCUCCCAAGGCGAUUGUCAUGUGAUAGCAAAGAAGUGGCACAUUAAUGAAGCGCCGCUCCGGGGGUCUUUUCUGCUCAUGUCACCACAUAAAACUAUCAGAUGGUUCGAGGAAGGCCAUGGAGGCAGGCACUUAGCUCACCUUAUCAAGCAAGAAGAGAGGGUAUUUCGUCUAUUCGUCUGACUCGGCAAGAGGAAGCUGCUCUCCAUUUGCUUAUAGGCUAAAGCUUAUCUACAACUCAUCUAAAGGAGCAGACUUGUUAUUUUUUUACUCUCGCGACAGCAGCGCAGCCUCACAUCAACAGCGAAUGCUGCAGCAUCGGACUCCCAACUUUCAGCGCCUCGAAACUUGGACAAGCGACAGUCGGUAAUCUGCUCCUUUUCUCUUCUCUUUAUGCUCUUCCCUCGCUUUGAGAUUAGUUAAUUUCGACACUCAUUCGGCUGAAUUAGUUUGUUCUCUGAAAGUCAAGAGGAUGCCUCGCCCGGGCAGAAACACUUACAGCGACCAAAAACCUCCCUAUUCGUACAUCUCUCUGACGGCCAUGGCGAUCCAGAGCUGCCCCGAGAAGAUGCUACCGCUGAGCGAGAUCUACAAAUUCAUCAUGGACCGCUUCCCGUACUACCGCGAGAAUACACAGCGAUGGCAGAACUCACUGAGGCACAACCUGUCCUUCAACGAUUGUUUCAUCAAGAUCCCCCGGCGGCCGGAUCAGCCGGGCAAGGGCAGCUUCUGGGCGCUGCACCCCAACUGCGGCGACAUGUUUGAGAACGGCAGCUUUCUUCGGCGCCGCAAGCGUUUCAAGGUGCUCUCGUCGGACCCUCUGGCACCGAGCAAGCCUUCAGAAGCUGCACAUUACCUGCAGCAACAGCAUGCAAAGCUGCGUCUGAGCGCGCUGGCCGCCACUGGAGCGCACCUGCCACAUGUACCCGCCUACAACCUGACCACACCUCCGCCGUCUACCUUCAAGCACCCGUUCGCUAUUGAGAACAUCAUCGCGCGCGAUUACAAGGUGCCGGGCGGCCUGGCCUUUUCCACAAUGCCCUCCAUGUCUGCCGGUUACCCGUUACACGGUCAGCUCGCCACAGCCUGGCCGCACAUGUACGGCGCGGGAGCACUCGAGAGCGCAGCGCCCAUUUCUGUGGCAAGCGAUUACGGCGCAUACGGCGUGCCUAUCAAGUCGCUGUGCCACGGAGCGCAGAGUUUGCCCGCCGUCCCGGUGCCCAUCAAGCCGAUGCCCCCACACCUGCCCGCGUUUCUCACGAACUCUCCACAGUCUCUAAGCCCCACAUCCCCUCACACGGCAACCGGCCAAAGCAGUCCGGCCAACCCAAGCGACACGCUGAGCGGCCCGGCUACGCUGCAGUCAGUCGCCGUACACUGACGCGGGGCCAAAGUUGACGGAAAUUUUCCGGGACAAGGAACUUCAGGCCUGUAGACAGCUUCUCGGCUAUAUCCAAAACCUCACACUACUGUACUUAAUACAGUAUACCUGAGGUUUCAUAGACAUUUAUAUAUUUGACUCUUGGAUUUAAUGCAGUUUUCACAACUCCAAUCUAAAGACUCUGCAUUUCUAAAAACAAAAAUGUCCCCAGUCUAGAUGAAUACUAAAGGUUUUAGUUCACACGAACGCACAACUUUACACAAAGGCAAAGUUGUGUACGGUUGGCAUGGUGAAGUCGUCUGGGUUUGUUUUAUAUUUAUCGCUUUUACGCACCAGAUAAUCCUGUAGCUUACUAUAACAGGCGUACUAUUAUUAUUAUUUUUUAUUUUUGCCAAUAUCGCAUUUAGUACGGCAAUUUGCAGUGUAGGACGUGUAGCCAAAUACCUUCUCCAAAGUUUCAUUUUUAUUUUAGCCCUUGAAAACGUUUACCACAAAGUUAGCUAUACCGCUAUACAAUCAAGGCAAGAGCUGUAUCUGUGUUGCAGUGCUGUUAAUUUAUGUGUACGUGUUUUCCGAUUUUGAGUGUUGCUUUAAAUAGUUUUCGUCUGGACUACACCGACUCAGUACAGAUAGAGGCAUAUUUUAGAGUUUUUCCUCAAGAAAAAAUAAAAAAAGAGUUUAACUCUGACAUUACCAGAAUUGGAAGGACGCUGGCAAAAAUGAAUAAUCUAAUAAUAAUAAUAAUUCUGUCCUUCUAAUUUCAUAAUUUUAGUGUUAAUAAGGUCAUUAGUCAGGACCGACAGUUCAAAUGUCCGGCUUAUACAGUUUGCAAGAAAACUUUUAAAAUCUUAUUUUGUCUGUUAAAUGAGCGCAGACGAAUUUUAACCUAAAAUGCUCUUCGUUAAGACUGUACCACAAAACAACAAAAUGAACAGCAAAAACCUUUUAUUUUUCAUACCAAACUAUAUCAUAAUCAGAUUUUACAUAUGGGGUCUACACAUAUUGAAAACUUGAAAACUACAUUUAAAAGGUGAGGUAAAGGCGUAUAUGUGUGAAUAAUUGCAAAUAAGUGAUAUAAAAUUGUGUUAAAUGAUGCACUUUUUAGUUCGAUGUUUUAGAUGAUCUCUAUUUUACAGGAGAUGUUUUGUGGAGCAUUUAAUUUAAAGCCGUGGUGACCAUGUGUAUUAAAUGCCGUAAAUUUGUAAAACUCUUUUUUGUUUGUUUUAUUUUUUAUGUUCAGAUGUAAAGCAUGCGUUUUCGAAACUUUGUGUUGUUUUGCUGAAAGCAUGCGAGCUUUUAAAAAAAAGUGU